AUGGCAUUUAUGUCAGCUAGAAAAUGCAUUGGUCUGGAUGAUUGUUUGUUAAAGGGGGUUUGCAGGGGUCAAUUACUUAUUGCAGUGGCUAAAGAUGACAAUAAUCAAAGGCUUCCACUUGCUUGGGCUGUAGUUGAAAAUGAGAACACAAUCACUUGGAGUUGGUUUAUUUCUCUGUUGAAAGAAGACUUGAGAUUAGGAGAUGGAACAAGUUUCACAAUUAUGUCAGACAUGCAAAAGGGACUGGAUAUAGCUAUAAAGGAGUUGUUGCCAGCUUGUGAGGAAAGAUGGUGUGCUAGGCAUAUACUAGCAAAUUGGUCAAAGAAUUGGAGAGGGCUGCAAAGGAAGAAGCAGUUCUGGAAGUGUGCUAGAAGUACUUUUGAAGUUAAAUUCAGAGAAAAUCUGCACGAGUUGUCUAAAUUAGGUAAUGGAGGUACAGGUAUAGUGGAUAACCUAAUUUACUAUGAUAAACAAUAUUGGUGUAAGGUGUAUUUAAAUUGUGAAGUCAAGUCUGAUGCAAGUCUGGUGUAA